UAUACUAAUAUAUACAUACAUAUAUAGUUAUUGUAGUGUGACAAAAAAAAAUUAAAACAUCAUCAUUUGACUGAAGGAACAAUAUAUUAUGAGAUUCGCGGUACUUUUAUGCGCAGACGAUACUGAUUAUGUGAAGGACAAAUACGGGGGUUACUUUGGGGUAUUUACGAGAAUGCUGGCAGAGGAAGGCGAGGUUUGGGACAUGUUUCAUGUGUCAUGUGGACAUUUUCCUGAUGAUGAACAGAUUGGAGUUUAUGAAGGUUUUGUGAUCACAGGUAGUUGCAAGGAUGCACACGGUAAUGAUGGCUGGAUAUGUGAGCUUCUCACUUUGCUCAAUAAGUUGGAUUCUAUGAACAAAAAAGUUCUUGGCAUUUGCUUUGGUCAUCAGAUACUAGCCCGUGCCUUGGGAGGUAAAGUUGGCCGUGCGACUUCAGGAUGGGAUAUAGGGGUUCGGACUAUCAAUUUCGUAUCUUCCACAAAAAUAUCCCUUAGUUUGGAUACCCUGGCUACUCUCUCAUUGAUCGAAUGCCAUCGUGAUGAGGUCCAAGAACUCCCUCCCAAGGUGGAGGUGUUGGCAUGGUCAAACAAGACUCGAGUGGAGAUGUUCAAGUACCGCGAUCACAUCAUGGGGGUGCAAGGACACCCCGAAUACACCAAAGAUAUUCUUAUGCAUCUCAUUGACCGCCUUCUCCAUCGCAAUCUUAUUAAGGAGUCAUAUGCUAUGGAAGCCAGAGCUAAGAUGGACAAGACCGACCCUGAUAAGGAGGCCUGGAAGAAGCUAUGUACAGACUUUCUCAAGGGUAGAAUAUGAGAACCAUAAACUGAUCGAUGUGCUCACCUCCAAGACAUAAAGUUAAAUUCGUAUUAAUUAACAUUGGUGCUUUACAUCAUCUAUUUGAGCUCAUGGCAGAUACCAAUUACAAAGGCUUCUUGAAAUCCAACCAUUAGACGAGAACUUGAUCUUGUUUUAAAUUUGUAGACGCAAAUAGAUUUGCUUACCGUAUGGUAAGUUCUGGC